AUGAAAGGAAACAUGAAGGUGUUCAUUUUGGUGGCAACAUUGGCUUUGUCAAUGGCAAUCCAUGAUAACCAUGUUAUGGCAAACGAUGCACACACAAAGCCAAUAAUUCAAAUGUAUGGCUCCGGCGAAGGUGGGCCAGCCAACGAUGAUGUGCCAUCACCACCCCCGGAUUUGUCUGCUAACCAACAUUGGCACUUCGGAGACGAUUAUUUGAUCAUCGAUGAUAAUUCAUCCGGUGAACUCGUAUUAGAUGUGGCCAGAACAGAGUUCCCUCAGAUAAUAGCCCUUUGGACACUCAAUGGAGGAGCAAACCAGAAGUGGCAUCAAAUGCGUCAGCUUUCUUUGCCCUGA